AGGCGGGCCGAGGGCGUUAGAGCUGCGGACCGCGGCGAACCUGGGCUGGGGGAAGUGGCGGUCGCUGCGGCGGCGGCGCCAAGACGGCGGGCAUGGUGGGGCGGGAGAAGGAGCUCUCUAUCCACUUUGUUCCCGGGAACUGCCGUUUGGUGGAGGAGGAAGUUAACAUCCCCAACAGGCGGGUUCUGAUUACUGGUGCCACUGGGCUUCUUGGCAGAGCUGUUUACAAAGAAUUUCAGCAGAAUAAUUGGCAUGCCGUUGGCUGUGGUUUUAGAAGAGCAAGACCAAAAUUUGAGCAGGUUAAUCUCUUGGAUUCUAGUGCAGUUCAUCACAUCAUUUAUGAUUUUCAGCCCCAUGUCAUAGUACAUUGUGCAGCAGAGAGAAGGCCAGAUGUUGUCGAAAAUCAGCCGGAUGCUGCUUCUCAACUUAAUGUGGCUGCUUCUGGGAACUUAGCAAAGGAAGCAGCUGCAGUUGGAGCAUUUCUAAUCUACAUUAGCUCCGAUUAUGUUUUUGAUGGAAUAAACCCACCUUAUAGAGAGGAAGACAUACCAAGUCCCCUAAAUCUAUAUGGCAAAACAAAAUUAGAAGGAGAAAGGGCUGUCCUGGAGAACAAUUUAGGAGCUGCUGUUUUGAGAAUUCCUGUUCUGUAUGGAGAAGUUGAAAAGCUUGAGGAAAGCGCCGUGACUGUUAUGUUUGAUAAAGUGCAGUUCAGCAACAAGUCUGCGAACAUGGACCACUGGCAGCAGCGGUUCCCCACACACGUCAAAGAUGUGGCCACUGUGUGUCGUCAGUUAGCAGAGAAGAGGAUGCUGGAUCCAUCAAUUAAGGGAACCUUUCACUGGUCUGGCAAUGAACAGAUGACUAAGUAUGAAAUGGCGUGUGCAAUUGCAGACACCUUCAACCUCCCCAGCAGCCACUUAAGACCGAUAACUGACAGUCCUGUCUUAGGAGCACAACGUCCGAGAAACGCUCAGCUUGACUGCUCCAAAUUGGAGACCUUAGGCAUUGGCCAGCGAACACCGUUUCGAAUUGGAAUCAAAGAAUCACUCUGGCCUUUCCUCAUUGACAAGAGAUGGAGACAGACGGUCUUUCAUUAGUGUAUGUGUGUUGUUGUUGUUUUUUUUAAAUGAGAAGUCAAGUAUGUGGCACUUUUUAAAGAAAAAAGGAAAUAGUUUUGUACGAGUGCUCUUUGUGACUCAUGGUCUUUCAGGUAAAUGAUGCUCUUGCACUAGUGAAACUGUCUAAGGAAACCAAGGGCAGUAAUGCCUUGUUUGAAGUAAUGAGUUUUCUGUUUAUCAUUUUGUUCUGGCUUAACUUGCUAUUUGAAUAUAGUAAAUUAUGAUUCUCAAACAUUUGAGAGCCAGGAUGAAACACAUCUGCUGUAGACAUUUUUUUGGAUGAAAUGCAUUGUUCAUUCCUAUAAAUAACCUCUACAUUUUCAGGACUUUUGCAUCUGUUGAUCCUUUUAUGUUUUAAAGUGUGUUAAAUAGUAUAAAAAUCAUUGGUGUCCAUUAUUUGCUUUGCUCGAGCUCAGAUCAAAAUGUUUGAAGAAAGAAACUUUAUUUUUGCAACUUAAGUGUAGUUUUUAUGCUUGAGAUGUUUCAACUUGUUAUGUAUAUUGGAACUCCUGCAGCUUGAUGCCUCCUGCUUUUGUAGCAGUGAAUGGUGAGCCUUUGAGAGAGAGAAUGUGUGUAUGUGUAUGUAUUUUUUUAAUAUAUAUGAAACUGUCCUUUUCACUCCAUGUCACUAAGUGAUAUUUCAUAUGUGUGGUUAUACCAAUAGUAAUGGGCCUUGUAAGUCUUUUGACCAUUCAUGAAUAAUAAUAAAUAUGUACUGCUGGCAUGGUAA